AAAAAUUGUUGAUAAAUGGCCUUAUUAAUUUUCAGUACAUUUGUCACUGGGAGUGGUGGAAACCAGCCAUACAUGAGCAGAACACAAGUUACAAGUCGUGGUAAAUCAAAAGAUCAAAUGCCUAGCUCUGCAUCAGACACUUCGAGCAUUCAACAUUCAAUGGACGUUGAUGAAUUGAAGGAGAAAUUUCCCUCAUUUGAGUGGCAAAAUAUUUUGAAAGCUCUCAAGAAGCAUCUUGAAGAUACAGACAAAAGCCUACAAGGAAAAGAAGAGUCAUCCAAAGCUGUUACAAGCAGCCAAAAGGCAGCUGGAGAAACAUCAAAAGCAGCAAGAAAAGAACAAGAUGAAGCAAAAGUACAACAGAAAAUGAGAGACACUCAGGGUUCAGUUUGGAAUUCCUAUCUGCAAAAACUUGAAGGACAUUUAGAAAGUAGGGACACAGUUGUUAAACAAUUGGAAGAAGAAUUAGAUCACCUUGCUAAAAG